AUGGCAGGCACCAAAGGGGCUGAGGGCAGACUGGCAGGAGAGCUGGGGCCCACAGCCACCAGGGCCACCAGUCUGGACGUGGGGCUUCCCUCAACGCGAACACUGAGUGAGGAGCAGCAGCUACAGAUCUCCAGGGAGCUGGUGGACCAGCAGAUCACAGCCAACCGGCUGCAGGAACAGCACGAGGCAGAUAUGUUCGAGCUCAAGAGUGAGGUCCUGCGGCUGGAGAGUCGGGUGCUGGAGCUGGAACACCAGGGGCAGCACAGUGGCCUGGCAAGGGCAGAACCGGGGCAUUCCCGGGGGCAGGCACAGCCCGAGGACCGCAGAGCCCAGGGAGAAGAGCCGCGAGCCCUGGACACACAAGCGGCAGCCCUGGCCCAGCAACUGCAGGAGGCCCGCAAGGCGGCCAGGGAGGCAGGGCAGCAACUGGCCGCACAAGCCGCUGUGCUGUCGGCCUGCCAGGGCCAGCUCCGCCAGGCAGAGGCUGAGAACAGCCGUCUGCAGCUGCAGGUGAAGCUGCUCAGCGAGGAGUGCUCCCUCCGUCUGCAAAGCUGUGCCCGCAAGGCAGCUGAGGUUUCGGGGGGUGCCGGCCAGGCGCCUGGGGCUGCCACACUGCGGGCCUUCCUGGAGAGCGCCCUGGAGGACAUCCGGGCAGCUCACCGCAGUCGGGAGCAGCAGCUGGCUCAGGCCGCCCGGGCCUACCGCAAGCGCCUGGCUGAGCUGAGCCACAGACACCAGGCGCUGCUGGCCGUGCACAGGGGCCUGGAUGCUGCAUCCUGGGCCUACAUCCACCAGAAGCUCCGGGAUUUCUCCCAUGGUAUCCAGGCAGAGCUGGAACAGGAGCGUGCGCAGCUGUUGGUCCGGGCCACCAUGGCUGAGGGGCGACUCUCUGAGCUCCAGGACUAUGUGGACCAGCACCUGAGCAGAUAUAGGCUGGAGAUCCUGAGGCUGAGAGCCCUGGUGGGUGCCAGGGAGCCCCGAGAAGAGGAAGCGUCACCCCCAGGGAAGCCCACCGAUCGAGCACUCACAGCCACUGGCGAGUAG